GAAGAAGUAGUUAACCUCAAAAGAGAUUUUUAAGGAUUUGGUCUCGUGAUUGCUUUCAAAUAUUCAAAUCAUUUCUAUGAAUAUUUAAUAUUACCUGGUGUCUUGCUACGGAUCUAUAGUUAAUGUGAUGUUUUUAAAUAAUCAAGAGUCUAUGUCUGCUUUUGCGGUGUACAAAAAGAAAAUAAAAAAGAAAGUUAAAAACAAAACUUCUGAAAGUCCACCGGCAAAAAAACCAAAACUAAAUAGGGACCGGCAGGUAAAAGUACUUAAAAAUGGAAAUGAAGGAACUGUGAAAAACAUUGGAAAGCAGAAUGGAGUACAGAAGUCAGGCAAGAAAAAGAAGAAAGCUAAGAAAAAUAAGGAACCAGUUACGCAUGUGGAAGAUGAUGAAGAACCACCACUUUUAGUGCCAAUUGAAAACAGUGAUGUGGUAGGAAAACAGAAUACUGAAACAGCAUUAUCCCAUAAUUACCACGAAGCUAGUAUAUCGGAAUUUUUAACAGAUUUGAACAAAACAGACCCAUCUCCCGACGGACUGAAACUAUUCAAGUGGCUCAUUGCCCCAGUCACCCCAAAAACAUUUUUCGAGACCUACUGGGAACAGAAGGUAUUGUUCAUUAGCAGAAAUCAGGCCACCUACUACAACCAAAUAUUAACUACAGAAAGACUCGACGGUAUUUUCAGGGACUUUCCUUUAUAUUACACUAGGAACGUCGAUGUUGUUUCUUACGAAAAUGGGGUAAAAGAAGUACACAACAUGGAAGGUAGAGUUGCCGCCGCAACUUUAUACGACUUUUACACUAACGGAUGCAGCAUCAGAGUUUUGAAUCCUCAAACUUACGACCAGAAGGUUCAUUUACUGAUAGCUACGUUGCAGGAAUAUUUCGGAACUAUGGUAGGGACUAAUGUAUACUUAACACCGCCCGGUAGCCAAGGUUUUGCACCACAUUACGACGAUAUAGAGGCGUUUAUUCUACAACUCGAAGGCAGGAAGCACUGGAAGUUAUAUAAACCCGUAGGUCCGGACUUAUUGGCAAGGGAUUCUAGUCCGAAUUUAAAACACGAAGAUAUAGGUGAACCCUUUAUGGAGGUUACGUUGAAUGCAGGCGAUUUGUUGUAUUUUCCGAGGGGUACGAUACACGAAGGUAGAACUGAUCCGGAGUCACACUCUUUCCACAUAACGGUGUCCGUUUACCAACACACUGCGUACGUCGAUUUGCUGGAACACAUUCUUCCAGAUGCGCUACAAAGGGCGGCUGCCGAGAGUGUGGAAUUUAGACAAGGACUUCCUUUGAACUACCUGAAGCACUUGGGUUGCGUAAAUAGUGAUUCCCAGACGAAAGAGAGGGCGGACGUUACAAACAAAGUACAAAGUUUAAUGAUGACUUUGAUAAGUUACGCUGAUGUCGACCAGGCCACUGAUAAGCUCGGCAGAAAGUUUAUGUACGAUUCCAUGCCGCCCGUACUAGCGAAGAAAGAAAUCAGGCAUACGUCGAAGCUCGAUGGAGAUUUCAUGAAAAGUGGCAAAAUUUUUAACAGGGUUGAAGUGGGAAUGGACACGCAAGUACGUUUGUUGCGCUACCACUGCCUCCGUUUGGUCGUGGAGGAGGACACGGUUAAACUUUACUACAACACCGAUAACGCCAAAGUGUACCACGGGGAGGAAGAGCAGUUCUUGGUUAUCUCCAACGAGUUAACGCCUUGCAUUAAAAAACUCCAAAACAGUUAUCCGGAGUUUGUGGCCGUCGAGGAUUUACCCAAUGAAGACGGCAUCCAGAAAGCUCAAUUGGUCGCCGACUUGUGGGAGCGGGGGUUGUUGGUCACGAACGGCCCGCUGCUUCCUAUUUCCGAUGAAAGUGGUGAUGAAGACGACUGAUAUCCUUCGUUUAUACAGUUUGGUAACCGGUUGUCGACCUUACGGACGAGGGUGCUAGGUGGCACCACUCCCCCAAAAUACCCGUCGGCCUUAUUUGUACUACAAACAAGGGUGACAGGAGCUCUUGGCGGUGUCGCCACCUAGCGUUCUCAUCCGUAAGUUUGAUUUAAAAGGAAUCGAGUCCGCCGAUAACUUUUCAAGAUUUGAGUCCUAUCAAAAAAGUUUCAUAUAAAAGUUGACAACUUUUUGUAUUAGAACUCAAUCCUGAAGAAUUAUUGGGCGAUUCGGGGCUUUUGGCGACACCUAAGGUUAAUAUUAUACAUUAAGGAUUUUAUUACGUUUUGUUUUUAAUUGAUUUAGACACGUUUUCGUCUUUUAAAGGAACUAAAAUCUGUUUCAAAUAUUUUUUUUAAUGAACUAUAACCAAAUGUGAUACAUUGAUUGAAAUAAAUACUAAAUAUCGUAAAC